ACCUCAGCCGCAGCGGGUGGCUCGGCCAGAAGCUGCUGAAAACAACCGCCCAGCGGCGGCGGCGGCUUAGCCGCAGCGAGGGGCCAAGCAGAUGCGUUAAAUAAUCGGUCGUCGGAAAGAUAUUGCUAUGAGGAUACUUGUUAGCAAUGACUGAUGUGGAAUCUACAUAUGCAGAUUUCAUUGCUUCAGGAAGAACUGGAAGAAGAAAUGCUCUUCAUGAUAUACUUGUGUCUUCAACAAGUGGGAAUUCUAGUGAACUAUCCCUGAAAUUAUCUGAACUUGACAUAAAUAAAACUGAAGGGGAAGAAGAUGCACAGAGAAACCCCACCGAACAAACUGGGGAAGCCCAGGGGGAAGCAGCAAAAGAAGAAAGCUGACGUUUUAGGUUGACUGACAGUUAAAACUGUACAAAUAUUUUCCAACUGCAAAAGCCUGUUGAAAAAAAGGUUGCAUCUUGUGAGCAAGCCACUUGAACAAAAAAUAAAUUUAAAAUGGACGAAUCUUGUUACCAGAACCUGCACAAUGCAGUACAAAAAGAGGGAAUGCAGGUGGUAACAGUAGACAGAACAUUUUCUACCUUUGUUAGUAAUGGUUGAGACCUGGUUACUGAUCAGGAGACUUUGUUGACAGAUGGAUCUCAUAAACAAAUGUCCACAUUGAAAUACAAAAUAAAAAUGAUGUAGAUCUUGUAGCAAAUAGCAUUCAAGUGAACAGAAGCUUGAAUUGGAUUGUAUCACAAUGGCUUCAGUGAUCUUCUGAAAUUGUCUGGCUAGAGUAUUCACCUAUUAAAAAAAUCACUUGUAAAGGAAGCACUGUUUGUUUUUAAAGAACUCUGCUUCUCUGUUUUCAGCCACAUUACUUACAAUGUUUUAUAUUGUACAAUUUAGAUGCUCCACACUGCCCUUUGAAAUGCUUAUGAAAGCAACUGUGACAAUGAAUUUUUCUACAACUUGUUUUGAAAGGGCUAGGGUUUUGUUUUUGUUUUCUGCACCAUGUGUUGUGUGCACAUGAUCAUCAAAUCAAUUGCUAAACUGAUGAAAUUGCUCAUUUAGUUAGGAAUCAGCAUUCUUUCAUUUACAAGAGAAACCUUUAACAUAAGUAAUGUAUAGUCAGGUGUGUCUUGUGUUUUCUCAGUACAGUUCUUUGCUUGUGGGUAGUUGGAAAUCCAAGAAUAUUUAAUUCUUUAAGGAGUAUUUUUGUUGUUCAGGCAACUAUGUAAUUGCUAAAGUAUAAGAGUAAGCACAGUAUAUAUUAAAAGAUAUGAGCUCAUAGCAGGUGAGAAAUAAGAGAAAUGAGCUCAUAGCUGGUGAGAGGUAAAAUCUCCAACACUUUAGUAAAGACCUACUUCCUAAAAUGAAGAAGAAUUUAUUAUAGCUUUUAGAAUUGGAGUCUUCUCACUUUUCAAUCAAUAUUAAAGUAAAAAGUUAUUUUGUUGUGGCAAUCAAAUGGAUAUCAAUCACAAUUUGUCCCAAGUCCUAAUGUUUGUUUCUUUAUUUAAAAAGUGGACAUAUUUCAACUUUGUUUCAAAUACCAUGCACUUUUCAGAUACUUAUAAUUUUAUUAAAAUAUUAGUAUAACUUUGCUUUUUAGUAAAUCUAAACAUUGGUUAACAAAACAUACAUUACUGUUGUGACCAAGGUUGUUGUUUUCACAAUAUUACUAUUUUACAGUUGUCACAUGGACAUUGUUGGUGUGAGGUCUGUAAAUACUUUAAUUGGCAUUGAAUUUGGUAAUUAAUGUUAAUAAAUAACAAGCAGCAGAAUAUUUAUGGCUCAUUAGCAUAGUAUUCUUCUCCAUCCCUUUGCUUGUAUAGACGCUCAUUAGUUAUAUGCAUAUUUUGACUGAAGAACCUUCUGCUUUCAAUCAAAAGUUAUCUUGAGGUUUCUAUUCUGAUGACCUUCAUCAUUUAAUGUUUAGCUCUUGACAGUGUGCCUGUCUUCUACAGCAAGCACUGUAUGUCUAACCCAUCUAACACUCUUCAGGAAUUCAAGAAUAUGUAUAGCCAAAUCUGAUUCAUCAGUUUUGUCUCUUCUAGACUCAUUGGAGAUAUGUCAUGCAGGAAUGGGUCACUUUUGGGAAAUGGUGCAUGCCUGUCACUUGUAUACUUAAGCAGUGUGCUCACUAAGCCACCCCUAGCAUAUCUAUGACACCUGUUAAAGCAGUCGUCUCAAUAGGAUGUUCUUUGUAGUUCGGUUCCCAGAAUUCUCAACUAGCUUGGCAACAGGUAUCCUCCACUUCCUCUAGGGAACAAGUUAAGCAUGAUAGUCUUUCUAAUUACACAGCAUGUUUAUCUCCUCGACAGACCUUACAGUCUCAAUUCUAUCUUGAAUAGCACUUUUUCCCUAACAAGAUACACCAUGGUAUCCGAGAGAAUAAUAAAGUAAA